GUUACCAGAAGGGAUCACGCACUUCACCCAUGGUUGUACUCAGGAUAAGAAAUGUGCACAAAAGGAAAUAUGCGCUCAUCUGCCUGUGCAUUGCUGGAUUCAUCAUGUACAGAUAUCUCGGCAUACCAGGAAGGGGGCGGAGGAUGAGCCGAAAGGUCGGCUUGUGUGCCAACACGUCCCAGUUAACCCUGGAGGGAGAGCCCUUCCACAUCAUCGGGGGAUCCGUUCACUAUUUCCGUGUGCCCAGGGCCUACUGGAGGGACCGCCUGAUGAAGAUGAAAGCCUGUGGGAUUAAUACCCUUACUACAUACGUUCCCUGGAAUCUGCACCAGCCCGAAAGGGGGGUUUUUAACUUCCACACACAGCUGGAUUUAGAAGCCUACAUCAGUCUUGCAGCUGAGUUGGGAUUGUGGGUGAUUUUAUGUCCAGGGCCUUACAUUUCCUCUGAGCUGGACUUAGGAGGGCUGCCGAGCUGGCUCCUCCAAGAUGGCAGCAUGAGACUGCGCACAAUGCACCCAGGCUUCACUCAGGCUGUCAACACUUUUUUUGACAAGCUAAUUCCAAAACUGGUUCCACUGCAGUUCAAGAAAGGAGGUCCAAUCAUUGCUGUGCAGGUGGAAAACGAGUACGGAUCUUUUGCAAAGGAUCAGAGUUAUAUGCUUUUCGUUAAAGAGGCUCUACAAUCCAGAGGGCUCAGUGAGCUGCUGCUCACGUCAGACAAGCACAACACAUUAAAGUCUGGGGGUGUGGAUGGAGCCCUCAGGACAGUGAAGCUUCAGAAGCUGAAUCAGAGAGACAUCCAGGAUCUUAUUGCUAUCCAGCCUAACAACCCCAUCAUGGUAAUGGAUUACUGGACUGGCUGGUAUGAUAUCUGGGGGGAGCUCCACCACGUACUGCCUCCAGAGGAUAUGGUGUCCACUGUGAGGGAAAUUCUGAGGAGAGGCAUGUCUGUCAACUUGUACAUGUUCCACGGAGGAUCCAGUUUUGGCUUCAUGAGCGGAGCACUCGCUGAUCCCUCCUACAGAGCUUUAGUCCCCAGCUAUGAUUAUGACGCUCCUCUGUCUGAAGCUGGGGAAUACACUUCAAAGUACCAUCUUCUUAGGGAUUUACUUACUCGAUACAAACACACAGGAGACAGUCUCCCGGACAUACCAGUCCUCCAUCACAGGGAGGCUUAUGAGGCGGCUAUUAUGUACCAGCACCUUUCAUUAUGGGAUGCUUUAAGCUUCACUGAAGGACCAAUUAAGUCUGCCAAACCACUGAACAUGGAAAAUCUACCUGUGAACAACAGAAAUGGGCAGUCCUAUGGCUACACUUUGUAUGAGACUACCAUCACCAAGGGAGGACUGUUACAGUCAGGAGACAAUGUGAGAGACCGUGCCCUGGUGUUUGUAGACAGAAGCUACAUUGGACUUCUGAAGCGCCAGAAUCUGGAGCUGGCGGUUCCUGAUGGUAAGGGACAUCGUAUCUUGAGUUUAUUGGUGGAGAACUGUGGACGCGUUCACCAGGGAAGGGAGCUUGACAAGCAACGUAAAGGGCUAGUGGGAGACAUUUUAUUAAACAAUAUCCCCCUGAGAGAUUUUACAAUAUACAGCCUGGAUAUGAAACCCAGCUUCAUUGAUAGUCUUUAUCAAGCACCCUGGAAAAGUCUUCCUGAAAACCCCAGCUUCCCUGGAUUUUUCAUGGGCAGGCUGUUUGCAUACGGAUAUCCUAGUGACACAUUUGUGAAGCUGCCGGGCUGGGAGAAAGGUGUGGUGUUUAUCAAUGGGCUGAAUCUUGGCCGCUACUGGUCCAUUGGCCCCCAGCAGACUCUCUACCUCCCUGGUCCCUUUCUCAAUAGUGGAAUCAAUCAGGUCAUUGUGUUUGAAGAACAAGAGGGAGACUUCAAGGUCAACUUUGAGGACGAGCCUGAUCUUGGCAUGGCAGCCGACAUCCAGUGACUGACAUCACUACUUGCACUGAAUUUUUUGUGUUUGUGUGUGUGUGUGUGUGUGUGUGUGUAUAUGUGUAAAAAUGUGCAUCUUUUUAAUAUUACAACUUGCUUAUCAUAUUAGGGGAAUCUAAAUGCAAGUAAACUGUUAAAAUCGCAGCUACUAUCCAAUAUAAUAAAUUCCACACAUAUGUACGUAAACAUACAUACACAGCCCCAUAUUUAGACACAUCUCUAGAAAUCAAAGGCAGACUCAUGAUUGUAUGGGAGCA